GGUUCUCCAUCCUACCACUAAAAAAUUUGGGCAAGAACGUUCACACUAAUUAGAAAAAAACACCCGUCCAUCUCUCUUGCCUUAGAAGCAAUCAAAUCUGGUUGCAACUUUAGGCUCAAUCAAUUCCGCAAACCACCCUUUCCCCAAAUCUUCUCAAUUUCAUUUCUCCAAUUUCAAUUCCAAUUUCAAACCCUAGAUCUCAUUUUUGUAUUACAAUUUACAGCUGAAGAAAUGACGACUCUUUCAGUUCAUAAAUUCGCACAGUGUAUCACUUGCCAUGCUUGGAGUCCUGAUCAUUCCAUGAUUGCUUUGUGCCCAAAUACUGAAGAAGUCCACAUUUAUAAAUCAGCGGCAGACAAAUGGGAAAAAGUUCAUGUUCUUCAAAAGCAUGAUCAAGUUGUAUGUGGAAUAGACUGGAGCUCAAAGACAAACAAAAUUGUGACUGUUUCUCAUGAUCGAAAUUCGUAUGUUUGGAACCAAGAAGGAGGAGAGUGGGUGCCAACACUAGUUAUCCUAAGACUAAACCGUGCUGCCCUCUGUGUGCAAUGGAGUCCGACUGAAAACAAGUUUGCCGUUGGUAGUGGAGCUAAAACAGUUUGUAUAUGUUACUAUGAGCAAGAAAACAAUUGGUGGGUGAGUAAACUUAUAAGGAAAAAGCACAACUCCUCUGUUACAAGUGUUGCCUGGCAUCCCAACAAUAUCCUUUUGGCAACAACAUCAACAGAUGGAAAAUGCAGAGUAUUUUCCACUUUUAUAAAGGGUGUCGAUACAAGGAAUUCUGAAGCUGGCUCUUCAUCUGAUACAAAAUUUGGAGAGCAAAUUAUACAGCUUGAUCUCUCAUAUUCAUGGGCAUUUGGUGUAAACUGGUCUCCUAGUGGCAACACCUUGGCUUAUGUAGGUCAUAACUCAAUGAUAUAUUUUGUUGACGAUGUUGGUCCGUCACCUCUGGCACAAAGUGUUGCAUUUCGUGAUUUGCCCCUCCGUGAUAUCUUUUUUGUGUCGGAGAAAAUGGUCAUAGGUGUGGGUUAUGACUGCAAUCCCAUGGUGUUUGCUGCAGAUGAAAGUGGAUUGUGGAGUUUUAUCAGAUUUCUUGGUCAAAGGCAGACAACUCCAACUAUUGCAAGGGCAGGGUCUCAGAUAUCAGGAGCAUUUGGAAAGCUAUAUGGUCAAUCAAAGUACAGCAAUGCCAACGAUGAUGGCAAUGAUUCUAACUCAAAUGCACGCGCUCAUGAAAACUGCAUUACUUGCAUCGUGCCGUUGAAAAAGGGAAGAGAUUCAAAAGUGACACGCUUCAGUACUUCAGGACUUGAUGGUAAGGUUGUGAUUUGGGAUUUAGGAGACCAAGAUCUGUCCGACUAUCUCUGAAACAGAUAUGAUACCAUUUGAUGUGUGGCUGGCCGUUAAACGAGUAUAGAGCUUAUUGGAUGUUUCUUUACAUCUUGUUAACUGAAGAAGCCAAGUUUCAAUCAUCUGCACCUGCUGACUUGCAGCAACAUAAUCAAUCCAUUGCUGAGAAACAAUGGUUAUAUGAGGAGUAAAUAUUAUUGUCACACCGUUCGAAGUAUUGUUUAGUUCCUGCAAGAAAAAUAUUUUGUUAUUGUUUUCAUGUAAAACGUGUCGGCUAAUCGCGACGUUUAUAAUAUUUGUGACUUGUAAGACUCUUGACAAUACCAAAGUCUUAAUCCCAAUAAUGUGGGGUAGGUUAUAUAAAUCAAAUCAAAUUAGCGUUGCAAAGAAAGAUUAUUCGAUCCUA